AUGCAGUUACUUUCUCUAAAUGAUGGUUUUUUCCUUCUUCGAUUCUCCUGUCGUGAAGAUUUUGACAUGGUCUGGUCGAGAGGUGUUUGGUUCCUGCUGGGGAAACCAUUUCUGCUUCAGAAGUGGCACCUGAAGUUCAAACCUAAGAAGGAGAAAUUUUCAUCUGUCCCUAUAUGGGUGAAAAUCCACGACCUCCCCCUUGCAUGUUGGAAUUCAGAGGGCAUAUCUCGUAUAGCCAGCAAGAUCGGGGUUCCGGUAGCCGCGGACAAGCUUACAGAGCAAAAGAUUAGGCUCACCUAUGCCCAAAUCUCUGUUCUUGUUGAUAAUUUAGCCACUUAUCCGAAGGAGAUACAAGUUUCAUUAGAUGGUGAUGUGGUAAGUUUGAAAGUUCAAUAUGAAUGGCGUCCUUACCCCUGUGAACAUUGUAAGUCUUUAAUGCAUUUCUCAUCAUCUUGUCCGACAAAACCUAAAUCUUAUUCUAAUGAGCAAGUUAAUGAUACGGCUGAUUUAUGA